AUCCCCGCACUGGCACGUGUGGCUUGCCAGGGCCUGGUCGCUGCCCCUCGAAAGUUGUCCUCUACGCCCGCUCGUGAACCUUCACCCGUCUGGGACAGCUGCAUAUCCGACUCAAGCAUCUCGACCGGCAACGAACGACACCGAGACCGACACAUAUAUGCGCGCGCGUGCGACGUCCUCAUCGGCAUUCCUGUCUCCUGCGUGAUCUGCUCUCCGUCAGAUGCUGUCUACGACUCGUAUCUCAAUCCCCAGGGCUAUCGGCACCAGAGCAUCUGUCUCUCGUGUCCAAGUUGCUGCUCUCUCGACCGUCUCGUCGUUCAGAACUCCGCUAAUCCAUCGAGCAUCUCUCCCGAUUUCGGCAUCUGUUUACAGGUCCAUUCCUCACACUGCCCGUAGCAUGUCCAGCCACGCCGAGUCUGCCGUCCGUCCAGAGCCCGAUAAAGUGCUCCAAGAUAUUGCGGACUACGUUCACAACUACAAGAUCGAGUCGGAUUUAGCAUUUGAGACCGCAAGGCUCUGCUUGAUUGACACGAUCGGGUGUGGACUGGAGGGCCUUCGAUUUGAAGAAUGUGCGAGGUUGAUGGGUCCCGUGGUCGACGGCACGAUUGUCCCGAACGGCACACGAGUUCCUGGUACCAAAUAUCAGGUCGAUCCUAUCCGCGGAGCGUUCAACAUCGGCACCCAGAUCCGCUGGCUCGACUUCAAUGACUGCUUCCUUGCUGCGGAAUGGGGUCACCCAUCGGACAACCUUGGUGCCAUCCUCGCCGUCGCCGACCACCUUGCGCGCAAGGGGGAGCCGCUGACUGUGCGUGACAUUCUUGAGGGGAUGAUCAAGGCGCAUGAGAUACAGGGCGGCAUUGCCCUCCUCAAUUCCUUCAACCGCGUGGGUCUUGACCAUGUGGUUCUUGUGAAGGUCGCCAGCACUGCGGUCGUGUCCAAGCUUCUCGGCCUGAACCGUGAGCAGACUAUCGAUGCUAUUUCCCAAGCAUGGGCAGAUGGUCAAUCCCUGCGUACCUAUCGACAUGCGCCAAACACGGGCUCCCGCAAGUCGUGGGCCGCUGGUGACGCGUGCUCGCGCGCUGUAAAUCUCGCCUAUCUAGUGAAGAAGGGCGAGAAGGGCAUGCCCUCGGUCCUCACUGCCAAGACGUGGGGUUUCUACGACGUCCUCUUCAAAGGCAAGCCUUUCGAGUUCCAGAUGCCGUACGGCACGUAUAUCAUGGAGAAUGUCCUCUUCAAGAUCUCGUAUCCGGCGGAGUUCCACGCACAGACUGCGGUGGAAGCCGCCCACAUUCUCCACAACAAGCUGAAGGCGAUCGGUAAGACCAGCGAUGACAUCAAGAGCAUCCGCAUCAGGACUCAGGAAGCCGCGAUGCGCAUCAUCAACAAGAAGGGUCCUUUGGACAAUUUCGCUGACCGAGACCACGAUAUCAACUACAUGGUCGCCUAUCCCCUGAUCUUCGGCAAGUUGACUUCCGAGUCAUACAUCGAUGCGGCAGCCGCCGAUCCUCGCAUUGAUGCGCUCCGCGCGAAGAUUACCUGUGUCGAGGAGAAGCGGUACAGCGUCGACUACCAUGAUCCCAGCAAGCGCUCGAUCUCGAAUGCUCUGCUGGUCACGCUCAACGAUGGCACCGUACUGGACGAGGUCGAGGUUGAAUAUCCGGUUGGCCACAAGCGCCGCCGUGCAGAGGGCACGCCGCUCCUGAUGCAGAAGUUCAAGAACCACAUCGGACCACACUUCGACGUGGCCCACCAAAAGAAGAUCCUGGAGAUCGUGGAAGACAAGGCGAAUUUCUUCAAAUUGCCGGUCGACAAGUUCACCGACCUCUUUGUGAAGGCGUGAUUACGUUGGCGUUCCUGGUAGCCGCAGCUUCCGCGAUCGACAGCUCACCGGCGCUUACAUGCAUAUGGUGACCGUUGGGAAUUGCGACGAUCAACAAGUCUUUCGGCUCCGCUGAUGGCAGAUCAUCUCAAGUGAUAUUGCAUCUCUGUACAUUAAUGGUGUACUAUGUGUGGGUUGUUAUGAUGGAAAUGAAUGAAACAAUAAUCUUCUCCCGCCGCGAGUAACAGACCCCGCGCUUAGUGCUCU